UCAGCUUCAAACGGAACGGAACGGGACGGCGUUUGUUGUUUUUCUCCAUGUCGUUCGUUUGUUCGUGAAAACUAAAAAUAAGUAACUAACAGAACGGCAGGGACUAUAAAAAGCGCCGGCGAAUAAAUCAGAAAAGGCCGGAAAGUCCGUCCACUACGUUAAGUUCCUGACACACAGAAAUCUCAAGAAUAUUUUCAUAAAUUCGGUUGAAAAUUUGCUAAAUUAAAAUUUCAUUGUCUGACGCCGUCGUCGUCCGUGAAUAGCGCGUGUGAUGCACAAAUUAAAAAAAAAAUGUAUUGAAAGUGCAUAAGAAAGAAGAGUGAAGAAAAGUUCCUUAGCAGCAGGCAAGAGAAGGAGAAUACGGAAAGAACGAGACUUCAAUAGCAAUUAACGGGGCUUCCACACAAAAAGUUCCUUGUUGCGAGAUCAAUAUCUAUCACAGAUCUAUAUAAAAUGAUUUCGCACAGUCCGCCCAUAUUUAGUCACAGUCCACCCGUUAGUUUUCUGGCGGACUUCAUGAGCGGACAUCAGCGGCAGGCAUUGAACUACAAUGACGAACCCAAUAGAGCAUCGCGCUACUGCCGUCCACAAGUGAUAAGUCUGGCCUCCAAAGCCAUGGUCAACAAUGCCUCUGCGGCCAUUCAGUGCCAGCCGGGUCACCAGAAGGCAGGGGCCACGCCCCUGGGAGUGGGCAGUCGAUCAGGUCGCAGUUAUCUGGAGCGCAUGGCUUCGGCUCCACAUCUCUUCAACCAACCCAAGUCAUGUCUCAGUCGCAAGUCCUGCCAGCACAAAACCCCACAAAGUCCCAGCCCCAUAGAUGAACCGACUCCAGAAAACAGCUAUGUAGCGGACAACUGCUGUUGCACCCAGAAUAAUGAAGCCAACGGAGUGGCCCACUGCGAACAGAGUCGCGGCCCCAAAAAGCAUGUGAUCUUUGCCGAUGAUGAGGGUCUAUCGCUAACCGAGGUUCGCGUGAUGUCCGAACCCUCGAAUGUGCCGCCCUAUUGGAGCAUGAAAUUCUUGGAGCAGAUAACACAGGGUCUGGUCAGUCCACAUCCGCCAGAUCAAUGGACGGUGGACUUCAAGCAGCCAGCUUCAGAUUAUUUAUCUUUUAGACAAAAAAUAGAGCGGGACUAUGUGUCCCUAGAGAAUGUGAUUGUCAAGGAUGAGGAGUCCAUAGUGGUGGGCACCAUCAAAGUGAAGAACGUUGACUUCCGAAAGGAAAUCAUAGUGCGUGUCACGUGGGACGAUUGGAAGAGUCAGCAGGAUAUAUUUUGUACUUUUGCCAGGGCCUAUGGACCGACCACCUGUGCCCACGUGAUUUUUGAUACAUUCUCGUUCAAGAUCACGCUGCCGCCAUCCUCGAAGCGCUUGGAGUUCUGCAUUUGCUAUCGCACCAACGAUACAGAGUAUUGGGAUAAUAAUGAUGGUACAAACUACACCAUCAGCAAGCGUUCGCCCUUUUACUACAAUGCCCUCUCUCCUUAUGAUAAGGGUCAGAGUCGCAACUCCAGUCAGCAAAUACGGUCCACCCUGACUGAUGCCCUGGCCAAGGUGCAGGACCAAAAUGGUUGGCAUCAAGACGCGCAUACACCAUAUUGGUGAAGUCUUGGGAGAUGAAAUGGAUUUUCCUUCUCCGAAAGGAACACAUCUCAUUUGGGCCACAUCACCAGAAAGUAACAGAAUUAGGAAAGAAAGGAAAGAAUUAGGGACAAAGAGAGAGAGUCUAAGAGAUUGUAACGAUAACGAAACUGUUGACUUAAUGAUUAAAGUGCCAUUGAUCAGAAAAUCAGAGACGAGGGCCCAUAACUACUUUAUUUAGGCAAACCCCCGAAUUUGUAUGUUUAUCUAAUGAAAUUUCAAGAUCAUAUCUUUUACGUGCAUCUUUUUUAAAUUGUUUGUAUGUUGAUCGGAAAAAUUGUCUAAAAAACUAUAACUUUAUGUAAUGUAUACCCAUAUGCCUGUGUGAUUGUCUACAUCGAUAUAACUGAUGAUAUAAAAUAAUAGUGAGAGGAAGAUAUACUCAAGGAGUGACGUAUCCUAGCGAACCAAUAAACAAAUAAAGAAAGAAAGAAUAGCAAACAUAACGCAUGUAUAUGCUAAUGCAGACAACAAACAAAACUUCACUUUAGUUUUUAAGCUUAUUGGAUCCAUAAUUUCGGAAUUUUAUAAAAUCAUAACAUUUUCCCUUUGGUUAUUUGAAACGUUAAGACUGAAAUGGCUUGUUACGGAGAAGAAAACACGUCCUGCAAUAUACCACAUUAUAACAUAUAGCAACAAAAUAUUCGCUUCACCACAUAACAAACAACGAAAUUUUGUCAUAAUAAUUCUGCGUGAGUCCCAUCGCCGACUAUAUACUAUUCAAUUUAAGACAUCUAACUAGAUUUAAGUGAUUUGUACAACAAAAAAGCAAACAGAAUAUAUUUAUGUACAUAUACCAGAAAAUUGCCUGUUAAAUACAUUUAUAUGCGUCUGAGCUCAGUUAUGUAAAGAUGCCUAGUUCGUAGUCCUUAGAGGUUAUUUAGUUAGUAAGGCGCCACAUUGAUUUGUAUGAAUAACUUAUACAUACAUA